GAGACUCAAUGAGAGAGAGAGAAUUGGAGAACUGGGAGCACCUGAAGUCUGGGGGCUCUCACCGAAGGUUCCUGACCCUGAUUCCGAUGAGCACACUCCAGUAGAAGAUGAAGAGGCAAAAUCUAAGAGUAGUUCUUCAGAUUCCAGCUCAGAAGAGGAAAAGAAGAAAAAGAAGAAGAAAAGAAAGAAGAAAAAACGUAAGGCAUCCAAAAGAAAGCGCAGGAAACAUUCUGAGGACAGCGACAGUGAAUCGGAGUCAGAGCAGAACUCCAGUGAUGAAGAUAAAAAGAAAAGCAAGAAGAAGAAAAAGAAGAGUAGGAAGAAGAAAUAUAAGAAGAAGAAAACUAAGAAGAGCAGGAAGGAAUCCAGUGAUUCAAGCAGUGAAGAUUCCGAUGAUGAAACGCUUCAAGGGGAAGAACUCUGGAUUGAGAGAUCAAAAAAUACCGAAGCUGAUAGCUUGAUUGGACCAGAGGCUCCCAAAACUCAUGCAUCUCAGGAUGACAGGCCUUUGAACUAUGGACAUGCCCUCCUGCCUGGGGAAGGUGCAGCGAUGGCAGAGUAUGUGAAAGCAGGAAAACGUAUACCCCGGAGAGGUGAAAUUGGUUUGACCAGUGAAGAGAUCGCAUCGUUUGAGAGCUCUGGUUAUGUCAUGAGUGGCAGCAGGCAUCGCCGCAUGGAAGCUGUGCGUCUGCGCAAGGAGAACCAGAUCUACAGCGCAGAUGAGAAGAGAGCUCUGGCUUCCUUCAACCAGGAGGAGAGGAGGAAACGAGAGAAUAAGAUCCUUGCAAGCUUUCGAGAGAUGGUCUACAGAAAGACUAAGGGCAAAGAGGAAAAAUAGUUCCUUAUUUGAACUGUACAGCACAGACUGUACCACGCAGCAGCUAACUCAUCCCAGGCAUGAUUUGAACAAAGCUGCAGGUGCUGCAGCACCUGUUACCCAGCAGGGCCAAGCCUCAGGAGUGGAUUACUUGUGUCAAGGAAACAGAGUUACUUUCAUCAGGUUUUCUGGGAUGAUUUGCUCACCAUCUACGAGGAAUCCCUUUAAAGUGAAAGGCUA